AUGGAUUAUGCAGUUUUAGCCUAUACCCAGAUGGAAAAUCCUAAUGUUUUUGUGUAUAAUGCAAUGAUUAAAGGGUUUGUUCAAAGCUAUCAACCAGUUCAGGCUCUUGAAUUGUACGUUCAAAUGCUAAGAGCUAAUGUUUCUCCUACAAGUUAUACAUUUCCUUCGUUGAUAAAAGCUUGUGGCUUGGUUUCACAGUUGAGGUUUGCAGAAGCUGUUCAUGGUCAUGUUUGGAGAAAUGGGUUUGAUUCACACGUGUUUGUUCAAACUUCUUUGGUUGAUUUUUACUCAAGUAUGGGUAGAAUUGAAGAAUCUGUAAGGGUGUUUGAUGAAAUGCCUGAAAGAGAUGUCUUUGCUUGGACUACAAUGGUUUCUGGUCUUGUGCGGGUCGGUGAUAUGAGUUCUGCUGGGAGAUUGUUUGAUAUGAUGCCUGAUAGGAAUUUAGCUACUUGGAAUACUUUGAUUGAUGGGUAUGCAAGAUUGAGAGAGGUUGAUGUGGCGGAGUUGUUGUUUAACCAAAUGCCUGCAAGAGAUAUUAUUUCAUGGACUACAAUGAUCAAUUGUUAUUCUCAGAAUAAGAGAUUUAGAGAAGCAUUGGGGGUUUUUAAUGAGAUGGCAAAACAUGGGAUUGGCCCAGAUGAAGUGACCAUGGCAACUGUGAUUUCAGCUUGUGCUCAUCUUGGAGCCCUUGACUUGGGGAAGGAAAUACAUUACUACAUUAUGCAGCAUGGAUUUAACCUUGAUGUCUAUAUAGGUUCGGCAUUGAUUGAUAUGUAUGCCAAGUGUGGGAGUCUAGAUAGAUCCCUUUUGAUGUUCUUCAAGUUGCGAGAGAAGAACUUGUUCUGUUGGAAUUCAGUGAUUGAAGGGCUUGCUGUUCAUGGAUAUGCAGAAGAAGCACUGGCAAUGACUUAUUGA